GCGGUUACGCUGGUGCACACCCACCACCCGUAACCACAGCCCAGCAAGCACAAACACUCACACACACACAUGCACACAUGCACGACAACAUGAACACCCGUCCCCUUCAACUCACCCACGAAAGCGGUGAUGACCUGGACCACGGCUGAUGCAUUUAUCUCAAAAGCUUUGCCUUGGUUGAAGGAAGCGCUUAUCCACGCACGCACACACACACACACGCCCACACACGCGCCCACAACCAGCUGCGCCAAGUUUCAUUUCGGUUCGUGUGCAGGACACCUCGGUCUAACAAGUCAUGGUUGCUUCCCUGGAGCCCCCUGGCCCUGCGCUGUGCGCAAGUGUUAGCGCAGAGGCAGACGCAGACGCGUUUCCGACCUCACGCUCCGCCAGCAUGACGGUGUUUCCUGGUGAGAUUGACGUCGAGGAGGAGGAGGCGGCCGUGCUGAGCGCGGACCAAACACUCAUUCACCGCGAGCUGAGCGCGGGGCCCAUCCUCGACCACGACGAGCUGAAGAGCCAGUGCUCUGCAGAGCCGCCAGCCUGGUUCAUGGACGUUUGGGACAACAAUGGGUGGAGCUCCGCAACAUCUGCCGCCAGCGAGCCCUCCAGCGAUGACGAGAAUGACAGUGACGACGGCCGUGUGAUGGCACUUACUGCCAGCAACACCCUUCGCCUCAACAUGAUGUGCAUCGAGGAUGUCGAGGUGGACGAGAUCGGCUCCCUGGGUGAUGACACCCCGCAGCACGCAAAUGCUGCCGACGGCACCCCUGUCUCACCUCAGCGCAGCAUUGAAGAGGAGGAUCACCGCGGAGAGCAAGCAGAAGCGGAAGCGGCGGCCCCUACACGAGUGAAGAGAAAGACAAAGGUGUUGUUGGAUGAUGACCUGCAUGGCUUUCCCGGGCGUGGCAGAAGCAAUGCUUCAUAUCGCAGUGAACAGCUUGUGGCUGCCACUGCCAUUGAUGUACACGACGAGGAUAAUGAUGGUGAUGAUGACGAUGGUGAUUAUGGUGUUUGUGUUGAGAUGAGCGUUUGUGAUGUGCAUAGUUUGAACUGCGACGAUGAUGAUGACGACGAAGACGAAGUGAUCAUCGAUAGCGCGUCUUGGAACCUGGCCGAGGACCUAAUUGAUAGCUGUACCGACUUUGGCUGGACAAUGGCCAAGUCGCGUGGUGCCCGCAACUACAAGAACAAGCAACGGGGCCGCAAUAAGCCAUACCGGUACAAGAACAAGGAGCAGUGGCGUGAGAGCGGCACCAAGCGCAGACAGGUCAAGAAGUGGCUCGCAGAGGAGCAUGACAGCCGGGACGAGCACCAAGACCUCCGCACGCACAUGCACGCUGCGGACUACGACCGCGUGUACGCUGGCGACACGGAUGGUGUUGAUGCGUACAAGCUGAUCACCCACCCGUGCACGGCAUGUGGUGCUCGCUUCGUUGCAUCCACAGCUCUCCGUCGAGAAUGCCAUCGUCAGGCCGGCGGCGUUGAUGGUGGUGGCAAGACCACCAAGAGCGACAACACUAGUCGUCAUGGCAGUGGUGACAACAACCCUGCAAGUGCUGCUUCCCAACAACAACAACAACAACAGCAACAACAACAACAACAACAACAACAGCAGCAGCAGCAGCAGCAGCAGCAGCAGCAGCAGCAGCAGCAGCAGCAGCAGCAACGUGCCCGAGCCCGUGUGCGCCGCAUUCCAACGCCCAAGACGCGUGGCAUGUGUCCCGCGUGCAGUGCACACGUGCGCGUGGAAACGCGGGCGGAGAACAGGCGCCUUCGCCUGCAGGCACUUGGGGCGGAAGACGGUUACACCGACAGUAGCAACGACUUUGAUCACAAGGGCAAGAACCGCAAGCAACGCAAGGAUGACCAAGCAUGGCCCACUGGCAAGGUGCUGGAGACAGCACGACAGGCACUGCUUGACUUGGAGGAGCAGGUGGUGGCGGCGGGUGCACCGUACAUUCGCUGGCCCGUGCAGCGCGCACCUGUGCACGACGAUGUACUGCGGGCGUUCCUGUCCACCCUGAGCCGAGUGAUGAAGCGAGAGAGGAUGAGGGGGCGGCGACCAAUCAAGCAGAGAGGACGCACAAGAGGGAGCCGUGCACGCGCUGUGCAGGUGACGCAGACAAGUGCAAAUGCCACCGCUGGCUGCACCCAGAUCCCAAACACACGGACACAGCUGCGCGUGACCUUCCAUGGAACACCGACAUACAACCACGACUCCAUCUGUAGGCACGGCCUACUGGUUCCCGGCAUGAGGGGGAUCAAGGUUGCCAAUGGCAGGGUGCACGGUGAUGGCAUCUACUCUGCAGCGAACGCAACCGUCUCGCGCUUCUACGCGCGCGGCAGCAACACCAUCUUUGCCUGCGCCCUCAUUGACGACUCGCAGGCACCCACGCCUGUUGUUCGCCGCUGUGGUGAUAUCUUCGUGUGCAGCAACCCUAACUUCAUCUGCCCGCUCUGGAUUGUCACUUACAAGUGA